AGUCUCAGCGUUAGAUCCAGGAGAGAGGAGAUCAGCGGUUGAUUUUUGCAUAGUUGACCGGGAACGAGGCAAACACGCUGGAAUACAAAUUUUAUGGCUCAUUUUAAAGUCACCUCAACUCGCUUUUUUAUCGCAGAGGCAAUGGCUUCAAGCGCUGUAGUGAUUUCAGAAAGUCUAAUUGGAAAUCUUUAUGUAGAUGGUCCUUAACAGGAGGAAUGUGUCAUUACACAUAAGUGUAUUUUGCUUACAAAAGUCUGAUAUCUGCUCACCUUUGACCUGUUUGAGGACCUGAUUGAAAUAUGGCAGGACCUUGGUGACCCUAUGCACAGAAGAACCAAUAAUCGUUAACCAUAGGGUGUUAACAUCACAUCCUGAAUACCAAAGAAACCUGGAAUAUAUAUAAAAAAUUAAAUACAAAGAAUUAACCAUGAAAACCAAAUGCAAAGUCCACUGGAAACAAGUAGCCAUGGAAACUGCAAAGUCUAUCUGGCUCUUACCUUUGACCAUAUGGAUUUUUUUGGCUGGAGUUUUACAAGCAACCGUGGCGAAUGAAGAUGACAUCACAGCACGCAUUAGUUUCCCAUACAAUGCUGAAGGGCGAUUGUUGAGAGAGUUCUCUGUGGAUGGUGUGUAUAACUAUUCAACACUUCUGCUGAGCCCAGAUGAAAACAAGCUGUACGUGGGAGCCAGGGAGAACAUAUUCUCUCUCAGCCUGGACAACAUCAGUGCAACGUAUCUACAGAAAACACUGUCAUGGAACACAACAGAUGAAAAGAGGAAAGAAUGCAGCUUUAAGGGAAAGGACCCUCAGACGGACUGCUUUAAUUACAUCAAGAUUUUACUUCAUUUGAAUAGCACACAUCUGUAUGUGUGUGGUACAUAUGCCUUCAGCCCCACCUGUGCUUACAUUAACAUUUCAAGUUUUUCUCUGGAGAAAGAUGAAUUGGGUGAGCAUGUUAUGGAGGAUGGUCGUGGACGUUGCCCUUUUAAUCCAGACUACAGGUCUACAGCUAUUGUAGUGGAUGGGGAGCUGUAUACUGCAACUGUCAGUAACUUCCAGGGAAAUGAACCCACCAUAUAUAGGAGUCUAGGGUCUGGCACUUCUCUGAAAACAGAAAAUUCUCUCAACUGGCUCCAGGAUCCAGCGUUUGUAGGUUCUGCUCAUAUUACGGGUUCAGGGAGUGAGAGAGGUGAUGAUCAGAUCUACUUUUUCUUCAGCGAAGUGGGAAAAGAGUUCGACUUCUUUGAUAACACCGUAGUGUCCAGGAUUGCACGUGUGUGUAAGGAGGAUCAGGGUGGGGAGAGAGUCUUGCAAAAGAAGUGGACCACAUUUUUGAAAGCUCAGCUCUUGUGUUCGCUACCGGAGGAUGGUUUUCCAUUCAACAUCAUACAGGAUGUGUAUGUGCUCCCAGCCCAAAGGCAGAGAGACACACUCCUAUAUGCGGUCUUCACUUCUCAGUGGAGCAAAGGACUGGCAGGCAGUUCAGCAGUAUGCGUCUUCAGCAUGGAUCAAGUAGAGAAAGCUUUUAGUGGCCGUUACAAAGAGGUCAAUCGAGAGACACAGCAGUGGUACACACACGCUCUCUCUGUACCUGAACCGCGACCUGGAAUGUGUAUUACUAAUGCUUCCAGGCAGAUGGGAAUCGAGUCAUCCCUGGAUAUGCCAGAUAAGGUGCUAAACUUUGUAAAAGAUCACUUUCUGAUGGACAGUCCGAUCAAAAGCCAGCCUGUGCUCUUUACACACUCCGUGCGUUACACACAAAUCGCUGUGGACCACGUACAAGGCCUUCACGGGGCUUACGAUGUGAUGUUUAUCGGCACAGAUGAUGGACGUUUGCAAAAGGCUGUGAAUGUGGCUGGUGUGAUGCACAUCAUUGAGGAGAUCAGUUUGAUCUUAAAUCCACAACCAAUACAACACAUAGAGCUGGACUCAACAAAGGGUUUGUUAUUUGUGUCGACUCGCUCUGGCAUUGUACAGCUGCCAGUAGCAAACUGUAGUUUCCAUAACAACUGCGGGGAGUGUAUUUUAGCCAAAGACCCAUACUGUGCGUGGACAGGCACACAUUGCACUGAUGUCACAAGAAACCCAAAACAAAAUCACUGGCAGCAGGAUAUAGAGAUGGCAAACACCAUAUUAAAAUGUAACGGCACAAUGUUCAGUAUUGACUCUCGAAACGCAGUGUUACCACGUUCUUUACCAAGUUCCCAAUCACAUGACUGCCAGCUCGUCAUCGUCCCUGCCAACACUCUUCGCUUGCUUCCCUGCAAACCUCGCUCCAACCACGCCCAAAGAAAAUGGCUAUACAAGCCAGAUGUAAGUCACUACCUGUUUCGCAGCCCAGACGGUGGAUUGGUAGUCAGUGGCCGAGCGGGCAGUGAGGAGAUUUUCUCUUGUUGGUCAGAGGAGAGCGGCUUUAGGCAACUCCUGGCCAAUUACUGUGUGAAGGCGGAGCCUUUUUCCGUGACAACAUCCGAUCUUGGACAAACAAAUGAAGCUUUUAUAAUUCAGGGCAUAUCGUCAGACAACAUCCUGAUCGGUGAAUCUGCACGCUCUGCUCAACAGCGUAUAAAGACCUAUGGCACAGAGCUGGCAGUGGUUUGUGUGCUGUUAGUCAUUUGCGUGCUUUCAUUCGGGCUGUCUUUGGCAUACCGACAGAGAGGUCGGAUGAAGGAGAUGUUAAGGGGGGGAGAGCAGACGGGAAGAGCCCAAAAAAGCACAGGCAAGCCUAGGGAGAGUUUACCCCUUAACGGUGGCGUGCUUCCAACUUCCCCUUCAGACCACAAAAGCUACCAGACAUUAGAGGAAAGCUGUGGCUACAUAAUCUCUCCAACAGAGACUUCCAGCACAAACACAUUACCACGGCAGAACUCCGUGGAAGCACAGACACUCGCCCAAACGCCACAAAAAGGAUUUAAAGACAGUCUUGUGGAAAUAAGUGACAUUUCCCCUCGCCCGCGGGUCCGUCUGGGUUCAGAGAUCAGAGACUCUGUGGUGUAAAGAUGUGCGUUUAUACUGAUGUUAGAUGACGGUGAGAAUCACAACCAAAAACAAUGUAACUCUCUAAAUGUUUACUUGGUAGUCAAUGGGCAGCUUUAUUGAAUGACUUUAGAGCCCUGAUCACAAGUGAAAGGAGGGGAAAGAGAUGAAGUGCCACUCUGAGUAAGAACAGAGCCACUCAAACACAUUACGUUAGGAUUCUCCAUGUAUGGCCACAUUUUACGUAUUUAAUACAAUGCCCUGAAGUCUGCUUCCACUCUUCAGUCACUUCUUAACACGAUUCAUUGUGCUAAUAUGAGAAAGAUAAUGUUGAAAGUUUUAAGAUGAAGUGAGAGCUUGAAACAGAAAGAAGAUUGAAUGGGAGAUAAGGACUGAGCCUUUUGGUUUUAAACUGGUAUGAAAAUAGCUGCUGGUGCUAUCACUGCCAAGAAUAAUGAUGCUUUAAGCAUCGAGACAAAAGAUUGUUGCAUAUGUCUUUUAGUAUUUGUUUUGCUAUUGUUGUGCACAGGUUCAUGACAGCUCAUAUUGUUAAUUAUAAGACCCCUAGCCUAUUCUCUGCAGAUACUCGUACCAUUUGUUAGAGAGUUUGUUAGCAUUAAAGGCCACGGUUACUACUUGUAAACAUUUUAGAAAUAUGCUCUGAUUUUUCAUGCAUUGCAUUUUUUUUAAAAACGAAAAAAAAAAAACAUUCGGGAGGAAAAGUAGGUUGGUGUUUUCUGUGAUUCAGUCGUGCUAUGUGGGUCUUAAAAAAAAAGUCAGAUAUGGUAACAUGUAUUGAAUCAUUAAUUCAACGAAUGAAUGUGUGCUUGUAGCAACAUAAAAUGUAGCAACAGUUAUGAGCAUUAGGGUAACGAUAAGGUUUCCUAAUACCUUUGAAUGUACAUAUGAAAAGAUGUAAAGCACAGCAGUCAGGAUUCUGUAUGGUCACAUUCACAAGUGUUUAGUACGGCAUACUUCAGCAGACAGGGACUACACAGAACAACACCAUAAUACAAUAAAAUUACAGUAUGAUCAAACAGCAUUAAAGAGUGAGGUAAUGCAAAUGAAAAGAACAACAAAUAUUAUAAAGUAAAUGUGAGCGCAUUGGACCGCAUGUAUGAGGGAUGCAGCGCUGACUGACGGCUAAGAAGCUGUUUGAAGUAGCAGUUAGAAAUGGUUAGAUUAUUAGAAGAACAUUACAAGGUACAAAACAUACGUUUACAUACUCUUUGCAGAAUCUACAAAAUUUAGGAAUUAAAAAAUAUAAAACAUUUUUUAAAUAAAUGUAUUAGUGCCCUGAAUAAGUUAUUACACUUAAUAGAUGUUUAGAUGUCCAAAACACUGAAAAUAACCAAAUGUACAAAAAUUGCACAGUUCAGGAGUUAACAUACUCUUGAUUUUUUAAUGUUAUAUGAUGGCACCAGUUCUUAAUGUUUUGCAGUGUUGUUCAAGAACCCCAUGUUUGAUUAAACUGUCCACUGGUCUUCAGAAAAAUCCUCCAGGGCCUGUACUUUCUUUGCUUUUUCAGCAUCUUUUACAUAUUUGAUUACUUUCCAACAAUCCACUGCCAACAAUGGUGCUGAAGAUUCAUAUGUAAUUACAAAAUGUACAAAUAUUCACUGAUGCAUCAGAAGGCAACAUAAUACAUUGAGAGCCAGGCUUUAGCCAAAUUAUUGGUGUUAAUUGCUGUUUUGUUUGUUUAAAGAUCUUCAUAAAAUGAGAAUCCUAAUUAAGAUAUUUACAGGUGUUCCUGCAGAUAAAAUAAUAUGUACCAACCAUUCUGUUAAUUUUGAAUGUUUAUAUAGAUCUGGCUUUUAAUGUAUUGUUUUGCUUUCUUGAAUAUCAGUGAAUAAUUGUACAUUGUUUAUCACAAGCAUUAAAAAUCAAACGUAUGUAAAUGUAUCAUGGGUUAUUUGAACGUAUUUUAUGUGAAAUGUCUUGUUCAGGGCUGUGCUAAAUAAAAACAAAAUGCAGUUCCUUAUAUUUUUAAAAUGAACAGUUUGCAGAUUCUGUGCGUAGUUAAUUUAAUUGUAUUAAUUGGCCUUACCUGCAACAUUUAUGCAAGACUUCACAGCACAUAUACUCCCUACACACACCAAUGCCCAACAUCCUUGUUCAUAUUGACCCUCAUUCUACUUUAACUGUGAAAUAUUUGUUUUACAUUCCACUCUUCGCUUGUGUGUACUAAAUGGUAAAUAGUGAUAUUUUAUACUUUAUUGACACUGUUAGCACUUUAUUUGUUCUUUUUGGUUUGUACAUAAGGUAGGUCAAUGUCAGCAUCAUGGGACAGUAUUGUACUCAAGGUUGUUUAUUAUUGAUAAUAGGUUUGGUCUCCACAGUUUGACAAGCAAAAUAAAAUGUGC